CAAUCGGAGAAGAGUUGAAUGAGUGGUGAUUUAGGGUAGACUGUUUGACUACGGUCAUUGUUUUAGCAUUUUCAGAAAGAAAAUAUUUUAUUGGCGAUAUUUUUACUAUAUUGUGUGGAUGAGUUGAAUGAGAAAGUAUUUCUUUAAAUUUAAAACAAACACAUAGUUAUCCUUAAUUAUUUUAAUAAAUUUGAAAGCAAUUCCACUACUUCAGCCUUUAAGAUUAAUUAUUAUUUUUUUCCAUUGUGAAAGGGAAACAGUUUAGUUGUGGGAAGUUCCUUGGGUGUGAAAGAAAAAAUGGGUAAGAAACCUAUAGCUCGGAAGCGUCAAGGAAAGGGUACCACGGCCAUGCUUCAGCCUAAGGACCCUUCUGGAGGAGUGGAAAAGCAACCCGAAAGCUCCAAACCUUUGUCCCAAAAUGCAAAUUUGCAACCUAAGAAAAGAAAUCCUCCGUUGAAGACUGUAGAAUCACUGCCUAAAACGCAGACAAAUCCUGCCGAUUUGUCUUCACUUACAAAGGUCAAGAAACAUGGUACUCUUUAUGCGGUUAGGAGAUCCGAACGCCUUCAAGCCACGAUUUCUCCUUCUCAAGACAAGGAAAUCGAACGUUUAAUUGAUGAGAUAACUCUAAGUGAAGGUGAGAAAGAUGAGGUGCCACUCGAUCAUGAGGAUGGGGAACUACCAGAGCCAAUCCAGACACAGAUGACCAUGGAAGAAAAAUUUGACUAUCUUUUUCAACAAAUUGAAGAACUACAAAAGACUCUAGAAACCUUCAAGUUCCAGGCUACAAGGGAUUCUUCCCCAACUGGAAGCCCUACGGCAGCAGAUGUCCGAUAUAGAAACUUGUAUUUUGAAUCACAAAAGAAGAUCGAGGCACUGACAAAUGAAAACCACCAGCUUGCUCUCAAGUUGGAACGAGCUCUCGGUAAACUUGAAGCAUACGAUAAUGGGGCGUGUGCAGCUUCUGAAGGACUGAAGAAAAUGAAGGAGCUGAUAUUGUUGACGAAUUUGGCAAGAUCAACUGAAACAGCAGUGAAUUUUUCUACACAGACCUUUCCUUCAAUGGAUGGAGGUGUUGAGGCAAUAGCUAGUCCUAAAAGAAAGAAACCUCGUACUGGGAAAUAGGCUUUGUUUUUAGAUAGCUCUUUAUCUUGGUUUUGGUUUGGAAUUGACAAGUCGAUGGUGUUAUCGUUUCAUCCCAACUUCCGACAUUUGUGUUUGGUAAUGCUAAUUUGCUUUCACCACUUAUCUUUAACUUUUAUUAAUUACAAA